AUGUUAGGUGGAGAAGCAGAAAGGUGGUGGCAUGGGCAAUAUCAGGAUAUACUUGGGGAUGUACCCAAUCUUAUGAGCACAUUAUCAUGCAAACCUUCCAAACACAGGCUCUCAAAUGAGAUUUCAAUGCUUUCUAGUGGCUGGGUGGACAGUGGGAAUUAUGUUGUUUUAUUUUUCCUUUUCAUGUUACGCAAGGCUUUUGAUUAUUUCAAUGGCGGGCCUGAAAUCUUUUCCAGUUGGACUCAUAAGGCUGAGCACUUUCAGAGAAUUCAUAGGAGGACAGGCGUUCCUUUCAACUCUAUGCUCUUUUUUGAUGACGAGUAUCGGAAUAUUGACACGGUUUCUAAAAUGGGAGUUACAAGCAUACUAGUGGAUAAUGGAGUGAAUCUUCAAGAAUUGUAUUCUGGACUAGAUAAGUUUUCAAAGAAUUCCAAAUUAGCAGAUAUGAACAAAACAGAUUUAUAAAAUGGAAGUGACAAGGGUGAAUAAUGGUGUGAACCUUCAAGAAUUGCAUUUUGGACUUGACAAGUUUUCAAAGAAUUCCAACUGAGCAGAUAUGAGUAAAAUAGGGACAAUUUAUUGUUUUAUCUUAUUGUUUUAUUUUCAACAAUACUCCACUUGACUAUCAUUAACAUGCUGCGUCUACCACUCAAUGGAGGUCUAUUGUGAAUGAAAACUGCAGCUAGUCUCGUUGCUUUCUUUACCUAUACUUAACAUUGUUUACCAUGCUCACUUUCAAGCAUGCGUGUCAUAGAAUUAUUAUCACGUACUUCAAAUAUAUUUUUAUCUC